GGGACAGCAAUCCAUUUCUUUACCUUUGUGUCAAUCUCCUCCAUCUCUUCUCAUCCGCUCUAUCAUCCUUUAUACCAAACAAAGAGAGAAGAAAGAAAUCCUGGGCAGUCCCCCCCGUGGAUUUCUACUCCUUAGAUUCUCUCUCUAACCUUCUUUCUCGUUCCAUCUCUCUCUAUACUCUCAAUUGUAUGGUACUAUCAUUUUACCCUUUAUAUUUCUCACCCUUUCUUCCUCUGUGUAACCCAACCCCUGUCUUCAUUUCCAGCCUGUAGACCCAGAUUUGGGCUAUCUCUCGAUGAUGGCAUGAUUCUGGGUUUGCUUCCAAUAACUUCUUGAUCCAUCCGUUUAUUUUUUCUGUAUAUUUUUCUCUCUGGAUAAGAGACAGGCUUUACUUAUUUCAUUCAGGGUGGGGGUGUGCAGAUAGACAUUUGUUAUUGUUUCAAGAAUCAAGAAUUGAUUUUUGAAUUUAGGUUUUUGGAUAUCUAUAUUGUUUGAGGAAAAAGGGGGAACCUGGGAAAUAUUUUAUUGGCAGUUGGACCUUUUUCUGGAUCUGGUGGUAGUAGGUGGAAGAUUUGUUCUUCUGGACGGUAUCCUCGCUGUGAUGUGAAAUUGGGUCGAGGGAAAAUCGAAAAAGAUCAUACCUUUGGCGGCUUUAGUUGUUCUUGUUUCGGAAAUUGAAUAUGGAGCAUAUGAUCGGUGGAAAGUUCAAGCUAGGCCGUAAGAUUGGUGGUGGAUCUUUCGGGGAGCUUUUCCUGGGAACAAAUAUACAAACUGGAGAAGAAGUUGCUGUGAAACUGGAACCAGUUAAAACUAAACAUCCCCAGCUUCAUUAUGAAUCAAAGCUCUAUAUGCUUCUACAGGGUGGAACUGGAAUUCCUCAUCUCAAGUGGUUUGGAGUUGAAGGAGAUUACAAUGCCAUGGUGAUUGACUUGCUUGGGCCAAGUUUGGAAGACUUAUUUAACUAUUGCAACAGAAAGUUUUCCUUGAAAACUGUGCUAAUGCUUGCAGAUCAAUUGCUUAAUAGGGUGGAAUAUAUGCACUCAAGAGGAUUUCUUCACCGCGAUAUAAAGCCUGAUAACUUCUUAAUGGGCUUAGGGCGUAAGGCAAACCAGGUAUAUAUUAUUGACUAUGGUCUUGCCAAAAAGUUUAGGGACCUCCAAACUCAUAAGCACAUACCUUACAGGGAAAACAAGAACUUAACAGGCACAGCUCGUUAUGCUAGUGUUAACACCCAUCGUGGAAUUGAGCAAAGCAGAAGAGAUGAUCUAGAGUCUCUUGGUUAUGUGCUUAUGUAUUUUUUGAGGGGGAGCCUUCCCUGGCAAGGACUGAAAGCUGGAACUAAGAAGCAGAAAUAUGACAAGAUUAGUGAGAAGAAAAUGCUUACUCCUGUCGAGGUUCUUUGCAAAUCCUAUCCAUCAGAAUUUAUAUCUUAUUUUCAUUAUUGCCGGUCACUGAGGUUUGAUGACAAGCCGGACUACUCAUACCUUAAGAGACUUUUCCGUGACCUUUUCAUUAGAGAAGGCUAUCAGUUUGACUAUGUGUUUGAUUGGACGAUAUUGAAAUAUCCCCAGAUUGGUUCCAGCUCUAGAGGAAGACAACCAGUUGGGAGAUUGUCUUUGAAUCCAGGAGCACCAGCUGAAAGAGCAGAGAAGACCCCGGUGAGGCAGGAAGGGCUGAACAAGUUUGCCGGUGCAGUUGAGGCAUUUACUCGAAGGAACAACUCCGGAACUGGUUUGCAUGGAGGUGAUUAUUCGCGGCACAAAAUUUCAGAGCAUAUCCCGUCUUCCAAAGAUGUGCAAGCUGAUACUACUGAUAGAGGAGGGCGUGUUUCACGGACGGGUAGCACUUCAAGGAGGGGGGUAGUGUCAAGUAGCAGGCCAAGCUCGUCGGGCGAGCCCAACAUUGAGACCCGUACUGGACGGCUGGGGUCCAGCAGCGGGCGGCUAACCUCCUCUACCCAUAGAUUGCAUCAUCAUCCCACUGUUGAGUCCAAGUCAUCAUCUUUCACCCGAACCGGUAACACUUCUAGAGGCGGUGGGCGUGAUGACACCCUCCGAAGCUUUGAGCUUCUUACCAUCGGCACUGGGCGAAGGAAAUAAACCCGAACAAACUUUUUACUGGGCAGACGGGUACCCGAGUUGAUUUUCAAGGGAAUCAGUGUAUAUCUGAAAUGGGUCACUCCAUAUUUCCAAGAGCCAUCAACCAUUUAUCUUCUUCCCAUAUAAUUCAUUCCUUCAUUGUAAAAUCUACCAGGAAUGGGGUUAAAAUGUCAGCCUCCAGGAAAUCAAAGGAAAAUCUGUGUUUAAAGAGAACAAUUUUUGAAGUCUCAUUGUUCUACUACAGAAGUAUUUCUUAUAUGUCAUUUGAACCCCUAUUUAUUGUAUUUGCCUAAUGCUGGAAACUACUAAAUUUCAAACUUUUCACCUUUUGGACCACAAGUUUUCCUCUACUUUUGUAUCCCAGUAUCCCACAUUGGAAGUAUGAGGUCUAAUAGCUCAAAGGCUGGCUCGCUUUGUUGUUGAAAAAUGCUAAGUUUUGUGUACA